AUGGUGGCUUUCAACACUGUCAAUGAUUAUCUCGACGCAAUAUUCGGACUAACCGUAUUUAUUGAAAAUGAUAAUUUUCUUCGUGCGACGUAUUCCUAUGAAGAACUGCGCGCUCCAAUCGCGAUGCUUCGAACUGCUUCAAACUGCUUGGAUGCAUGUCUUGACGAGACAAAUCGCUACCUAUUCUUUAUGAAGCUUCUCAAUGCCGAACGUCUCGUCUGUGAUGUUGAGAAGAUCUACCACGACACAUAUGGAUUGAUUCUCUCGAGAAACACCGAUGUUUAA